UGUACCGAAUCGGUUGAGUAGCAUCUUGUGUUUGGCUUGCUUCUGUUUCUAUUGACUUCCUCCUGGACUGUGUGUGUGAUCUCAGGUGAGCAGACCGCGUCAUGCUGGAUAAUUCCCGGCAGGAUCGGAAUUAAUGGGGAUGAAUGGCUGGGGAAAGUGCUGUGUAUUCUGUGACAGCUCUGUGUAUUCUCUCACCGUUUGGCCUGAAGCCACCCCCCAAAGAAAAAUGGAUGAACCACCCCUUCCAUCCAAGUUGCUGGACUUGAAUAAUCAUUCUCGUUUCAUCAUUGGUUCAGUGUCAGAAGACAACUCAGAGGAUGAAUUUAGUUCCUUGGUUAAAGUGGACAUUCUAGAAGAUAGAGACAGAUCUUCUUCCCCAGGUUCUAUAUCUUCAGACACCCUUUCUGACAUAGGAAUAUCCCCCUAUCAAGAUAGCGCCGCUUUGCAAAUGAGGCCUAGCAUGUCCGGGUUGCACCUGGUCAAGCAAGGUAGGGAACGGAAAAAAAUUGAUUUACAAAGAGAUUUUACAGUCGCUUCCCCUGCUGAAUUCGUUACUCGCUUUGGAGGAAAUAAAGUGAUCGAAAAGGUACUCAUAGCUAAUAAUGGAAUAGCAGCAGUAAAAUGCAUGCGUUCAAUCAGACGAUGGUCCUACGAGAUGUUCCGAAAUGAAAGGGCAAUACGAUUUGUUGUCAUGGUGACGCCGGAGGACCUGAAAGCAAAUGCAGAGUAUAUUAAGAUGGCUGAUCACUAUGUACCUGUACCAGGAGGACCAAACAACAAUAACUAUGCAAAUGUGGAGCUUAUUCUUGAUAUCGCUAAAAGGAUCCCUGUACAGGCUGUGUGGGCUGGAUGGGGACAUGCUUCGGAAAAUCCCAAACUGCCUGAAUUACUACACAAGAAUGGCAUUGCGUUUAUGGGUCCACCUAGUCAGGCAAUGUGGGCAUUAGGAGAUAAAAUUGCAUCCUCAAUUGUUGCCCAAACGGCUGGAAUCCCUACACUUCCCUGGAGUGGCAAUGGUUUAAAAGUGGAAUGGCAGGAGAGUGAUCUUAAAAAGCGUAUAUUAACUGUACCAUCAGAUAUUUAUGAAAAGGGCUAUGUCAAAGACGUGGAUGAUGGAUUAAGGGCUGCUGAGCAAGUAGGAUACCCUGUAAUGAUCAAGGCAUCUGAAGGUGGGGGAGGAAAGGGUAUUCGCAAAGUGAACGGCGCAGAAGAUUUUCCCAACCUUUUUCGUCAGGUCCAAACGGAAGUUCCUGGGUCUCCAAUUUUUGUGAUGAGAUUGGCCAAGCAAUCACGGCACCUGGAAGUACAAAUUCUUGCUGAUCAAUAUGGAAAUGCCAUCUCACUCUUUGGCCGUGACUGCUCUGUUCAGCGUCGUCACCAGAAAAUCAUUGAAGAAGCACCGGCAUCAAUUGCUAAUACAACAGUGUUUGAGGAGAUGGAACAGUGUGCUGUAAAGCUCGCUAAAAUGGUGGGAUAUGUAAGUGCUGGGACAGUUGAGUAUCUUUACAGUCAAGAUGGUAGUUUUUACUUCCUGGAGCUUAACCCUCGCCUGCAAGUGGAACACCCCUGCACAGAAAUGGUGGCGGAUGUCAACCUCCCAGCAGCACAGCUUCAGAUUGCCAUGGGAAUUCCUCUUCACAGAAUAAAGGAUAUUCGAAUGUUGUAUGGAGUUCCGGCUUGGGGAGAUUCUCCAAUUGACUUUGAUAACUCUCUAAAUUCUCCCUGUCCAAGAGGACAUGUCAUUGCUGCCCGUAUUACUAGUGAAAACCCAGAUGAGGGUUUUAAGCCAAGCUCUGGGACUGUGCAAGAACUGAAUUUCCGCAGCAGUAAGAAUGUGUGGGGCUACUUCAGUGUUGCUGCAGCAGGAGGUCUCCAUGAAUUUGCUGAUUCUCAGUUUGGCCAUUGCUUUUCCUGGGGAGAAAACAGAGAAGAAGCCAUCUCUAAUCUGGUUGUUGCCCUUAAAGAAUUGUCUAUUCGUGGAGAUUUUCGAACAACUGUGGAAUAUUUAAUAAAGCUUCUUGAGACUGAAAGUUUCCAGCAAAAUCGCAUAGAUACUGGAUGGCUGGACAGGCUGAUAUCAGAAAAAGUGCAGGCUGAGCGUCCAGACACUAUGCUGGGAGUUGUAUGUGGAGCAUUACAUGUGGCUGAUAUGAGCCUCAGGAACAGUGUCUCGAAUUUCUUACAUUCAUUGGAAAGGGGGCAAGUGUUACCAGCACACACAUUGUUAAAUACAGUAGAUGUGGAACUCAUCUAUGAGGGGAAUAAAUAUGUGCUUAAGGUUACACGCCAGUCUCCAAAUUCUUAUGUAGUGAUUAUGAACAAAUCGUAUGUAGAAGUGGAUGUGCACAGGUUGAGUGACGGAGGCCUGCUUUUGUCGUAUGAUGGGAGCAGCUACACUACAUAUAUUAAAGAAGAAAUUGAUAGAUACCGCAUCACUAUUGAUAAUAAAACCUGUGUCUUUGAGAAAGAAAAUGAUCCUUCAAUCCUGCGCUCUCCUUCAGCUGGCAAGCUUAUACAGUAUGUGGUGGAGGAUGGCGGCCAUGUGUUUUCUGGACAGUGCUUCGCUGAGAUAGAGGUUAUGAAGAUGGUGAUGACCCUGACAGCCGUGGAGUCAGGAUGUAUACACUACGUGAAACGCGCAGGUGCUGUCUUGGAACCUGGAUGUGUAAUUGCUAAACUUCAACUAGAUGACCCCAGCAGAGUGCAACAGGCUGACCUUCAUACAGGAGCAUUGCCAAAGAUACACAGCACUGUACUACAGGGAGAAAAGCUCCAUCGUAUAUUUCAUUAUGUUCUAGAUAACCUGGUGAAUGUUAUGAAUGGAUACUGUCUUCCAGAGCCUUACUUCAGCACCAAGUUAAAAGACUGGGUGGAGCGACUAAUGAAGACCCUCAGAGAUCCAUCUCUUCCUUUAUUGGAACUCCAGGACAUUAUGACCAGUGUAUCUGGACGUAUUCCACCAAAUGUGGAGAAAGCAAUCAAGAAAGAAAUGGCACAGUAUGCCAGCAAUAUUACUUCUGUGUUGUGCCAGUUUCCAAGCCAGCAGAUCGCAAAUAUACUGGACAGUCAUGCAGCUACAUUGAACCGUAAAUCUGAACGUGAGGUUUUCUUCAUGAACACACAGAGCAUUGUGCAACUAGUGCAAAGAUACCGAAGCGGCAAUCGAGGCCACAUGAAAGCUGUAGUUAUGGAUUUGCUUCGUCAGUAUUUAAAGGUGGAAACGCAGUUUCAGCAUGGUCAUUAUGACAAGUGCGUCUUUAGUCUCCGGGAAGAAAAUAAAAGUGAACUCACGAUGGUGUUGAAUUACAUUUUCUCCCAUGCUCAAGUCACCAAGAAGAACCUCUUAAUCACUAUGCUAAUCGAUCAGCUGUGUGGCCGGGACCCGACCUUAACAGAUGAGUUGCUCAACAUCCUGACAGAACUCACUCAGCUGAGUAAAACAACUAAUUCCAAGGUGGCCCUGCGAGCCCGGCAGGUCCUUAUUGCGUCACAUCUGCCUUCAUAUGAACUUCGUCACAACCAAGUGGAGUCGAUUUUUCUUUCUGCUAUUGAUAUGUAUGGACACCAGUUUUGUAUUGAAAAUCUUCAGAAACUUAUUCUGUCUGAGACCUCUAUCUUUGAUGUCCUACCCAACUUUUUCUACCACAGCAAUCAGGUUGUAAGAAUGGCUGCACUAGAGGUGUAUGUGCGAAGGGCAUAUAUUGCAUAUGAGCUAAAUAGUGUGCAGCAUCGACAACUGAAGGACAACACGUGCGUUGUUGAGUUUCAAUUUAUGUUACCAACAUCCCAUCCAAACAGAGGGAACAUUCCUACACUAAACAGAAUGUCAUUUUCUUCAAAUCUUAAUCACUAUGGAAUGGUUCAUGUUGCCAGUGUCAGUGAUGUCCUCCUGGAUACCUCAUUCACUCCUCCAUGUCAAAGAAUGGGUGGAAUGGUUGCCUUCCGAACUUUUGAAGAUUUUGUCAGAAUGUUUGAUGAUGUCAUGAGUUGCUUCUCGGACUCCCCUCCUCAGAGUCCUAUUUUUCCAGAAGCUGGCCAUCCUUCUCUCUAUGAUGAAGAUGACAAUAAGAGUAUCCGAGAUGAACCAAUCCACAUUCUCAACAUAGCCAUCAAAACUGACUGCGACAAUGAUGAUGAUGGACUUGCUUCAAUGUUCCGUGAGUUCACCCAAAACAAAAAAUUUAUACUAAUGGACCAUGGGAUUCGUAGACUGACCUUUUUAGUAGCACAAAAGGAUUUCAGAAAGCAGGUUAACUGUGAGGUGGACCAAAGAUUUCAUAGGGAAUUCCCCAAAUUUUUCACUUUCCGUGCAAGAAACAAGUUUGAAGAAGACCGAAUCUACAGGCAUUUGGAACCAGCACUUGCCUUUCAGCUGGAGCUUAAUCGUAUGAGGAAUUUUGAUUUAACAGCUAUACCUUGUUCUAACCACAAAAUGCAUCUGUAUUUGGGAGCUGCAAAGGUCGAAGAGGGAACUGAAGUCACAGAUUACAGAUUCUUUGUCCGUGCAAUCAUCAGACAUUCUGACCUAGUUACAAAGGAAGCCUCAUUUGAGUAUCUUCAGAAUGAAGGUGAGCGCCUCUUGCUGGAAGCUAUGGAUGAACUGGAAGUUGCUUUUAAUAACACCAAUGUGCGCACUGACUGCAACCACAUCUUCUUAAAUUUUGUUCCUACUGUUAUCAUGGAUCCCUCAAAGAUUGAAGAGUCUGUCCGGAGUAUGGUAAUGCGCUAUGGGAGCCGUCUAUGGAAGUUGCGUGUCCUGCAAGCUGAACUGAAAAUAAAUAUCCGCUUAACACCAACAGGGAAGCAGAUUCCAAUUCGAUUGUUUCUGACAAAUGAAUCUGGCUACUACUUGGAUAUAAGUCUUUACAAAGAGGUGACAGAUUCAAGAACUGCACAGAUCAUGUUUCAAGCAUAUGGGGACAAACAGGGACCACUUCAUGGGAUGCUCAUUAAUACUCCUUAUGUGACAAAAGAUUUGUUACAAUCUAAGCGAUUUCAAGCGCAAUCUCUUGGAACAACUUACAUAUAUGAUUUUCCUGAAAUGUUCCGGCAGGCGCUUAUUAAGCUAUGGGAGUCAAUGGAUGCUAGUGCUUUCAUUCCAAAGUGUCAAUUGUCUUCAGAUGUUCUCACUUACACUGAACUUGUACUGGAUGACCAAGGCCAGUUGGUACACAUGAACAGACUGCCAGGAGGAAAUGAGAUUGGAAUGGUGGCUUGGAAAAUGACCCUUAAAUCUCCAGAAUAUCCAGAAGGUAGAGACAUAAUUGUAAUAGGAAAUGACAUCACAUACAGAAUUGGAUCAUUUGGACCUCAAGAAGAUUUGCUGUACUUAAGGGCAUCAGAACUUUCUAGGUCACAAGGCAUUCCACGUGUAUAUGUUGCCGCAAACAGUGGUGCAAGGAUUGGUUUAGCAGAAGAAAUACGUCACAUGUUCCAUGUUGCAUGGGAAGAUCCCGAUGAUCCCUAUAAAGGUUUUAAAUAUCUAUAUUUAACGCCUCAGGAUUACAAAAAAGUUAGUGCUUUAAAUUCUGUGCACUGUGAACAUGUGGAGGAUGGAGGAGAAUCAAGGUACAAAAUAACAGAUAUCAUUGGUAAGGAAGAAGGCCUCGGAGUAGAGAAUCUUCGAGGCUCUGGUAUGAUUGCCGGAGAAUCAUCAUUGGCUUAUGAAGAAGUCAUCACGAUUAAUCUGGUAACUUGUCGAGCAAUUGGGAUUGGAGCAUAUUUGGUCAGACUGGGUCAAAGAACAAUUCAGGUUGAAAACUCUCAUAUUAUUCUGACGGGAGCUGGAGCACUGAACAAAGUUCUCGGCAGGGAAGUCUACACAUCCAACAAUCAGCUUGGUGGAAUCCAAAUCAUGCACAACAAUGGAGUCACACAUGCCACAGUGUUUGAUGACUUUGAAGGAGUGUACACUAUUUUGCAUUGGCUUUCUUAUAUGCCUAAGUGUAUGUCCAGUCCUGUUCCGAUAUUAACACCAAAGGAUCCAAUUGACAGACAAAUUGACUUUGUUCCCACUAAGGCUCCUUACGAUCCCAGAUGGAUGCUGUCUGGAAAACCUCACCCAAAUCAGAAAGGACAAUGUUUAAGUGGCUUUUUUGACCAUGGAUCAUUUAUGGAAAUAAUGCAGCCAUGGGCACAGACUGUAGUGGUUGGAAGAGCCAGGCUGGGAGGCAUUCCUGUAGGAGUGGUUGCAGUUGAAACAAGAUCUGUGGAACUAAGCAUACCUGCUGAUCCUGCUAACCUCGACUCAGAGGCUAAGAUAAUACAACAAGCUGGACAGGUGUGGUUCCCGGAUUCUGCCUUUAAAACUGCACAGGCAAUCAAAGACUUCAAUAGGGAAGGACUCCCGCUUAUGGUGUUUGCAAAUUGGAGGGGCUUUUCUGGUGGAAUGAAAGACAUGUAUGAUCAAGUACUCAAGUUUGGAGCCUACAUUGUGGAUGGCUUGCGUGAGUACCGCCAGCCUGUGUUGGUAUACAUUCCUCCUCAAGCUGAACUGAGAGGUGGAUCAUGGGUAGUGAUAGAUUCUACUAUCAAUCCAAGGCACAUGGAGAUGUAUGCUGACAAAGAGAGCAGAGGUGGUGUCCUGGAACCUGAAGGAACUGUUGAAAUAAAAUUUAGAAGAAAGGAUUUGGUAAAGACAAUGCGGAGAGUCGAUCCAAUUUACAUUCAGCUGGCAGAGAGAUUAGGAACUCCAGAACUGAGUCCUGCUGAUUGCAAGGAGUUGGAGAACAAACUUAAAGAGAGAGAAGAAUUUCUGAUUCCUAUAUACCAUCAAGUUGCAGUGCAGUUUGCAGACCUACAUGAUACACCAGGCAGAAUGCAGGAAAAGGGGGUUAUCACGGAUGUUCUGGAGUGGAAGACGUCAAGGACAUUUUUCUACUGGAGGCUCAGAAGGCUCCUUUUAGAAGAUGUAGCAAAAAAGAAAAUCCAUGCAGCAAAUCCUGAACUAACUGAUGGCCAACUCCAGGCUAUGCUUAGACGAUGGUUCGUAGAAGUGGAGGGAACUGUCAAGGCAUACCUGUGGGAUAAUAAUAAGGAUGUUGUUGAAUGGCUGGAGAAGCAGCUGAUGGAGGAGGAGGGGAUACGCUCAGUGGUUGAUGAAAACAUCAAGUACAUUUCCAGAGACUACAUCCUCAAACAAAUCCGCAGCUUGGUUCAAGAAAACCCUGAAGUUGCUAUGGAUUCUAUUGUUCACAUGACACAACACAUUUCCCCAACUCAAAGAGCUGAAAUAGUUCGCAUUCUGUCAACCAUGGACUCCCCGCCAUCUACAUAGAAGUCUUUUUAGGUUUCCAAUUCAAAGACUCUGCACCGAAUGCAAGGACUAUAAAAUGUAGAAAAAACAGAUACAUCUAAUGUAUAAAAUGUACUGUAGAAUUGUGUUUGUGUGCUGCUGAGUUAUGAUCAGAUGUAUCAUACAUAUAUGUAUUCAUGAUAGAAGACACUGUAGGUGAUAUCAUGAGUUCUUGACUGAUAUAAAAACACUAGAGAAAUGACAAGUAGUAGUCUGGCGGCCAAAAAGGUUUCAGUUCUUAUAUCUCUUUGCCAUGUUGAAAUAUUGCUAUGGGCAGUGCGUCCAUUUUUAUUAUACCAGUCCCAGUGUAUGGAAUAUGUUCUGCCUUCUGAUACGCUGGUUGUAAAAACACAGGGAUACAUCUUCAGUAGCUUUGAAUUAGAACUGGAAAUAUGUUCAUAGUUUACAAAAGUGAAAUGAGGUAUUUAUGAUAUGCUCAAGAGUUGGAAUCUUGUGUAGGUCAAAAAUACAACGACUGUUACCGGUCAAAAAGAAAUGGUCUGAAACUUUGCUCAUAUUGCAGGUGCUAAAAUAUUCUGCUAUUCUUUCAAUGGGGGGGGUCAUUUACUAAAACUGGAUCGUGCAAAAUCGUUUUUUUAUGCAGAGCUGCACCAAUCAACUUCCAGGUUUUUUUGCCAACCCUUAAUUGAACAAGCUUGAAGUUAGAGGCUGAUUGGCUACCAUGCUGCAGUGCUGCAGUUUUAGUACAUUUCCCCCUAUGUGUCAAUUAACGAAAGCACUUGAAGGUUUUUUUUUUUUACCUAAAAUUGUUUUUAUUUAUAUUUCUUAAUGUGCGUUCCUUAAAUUAUUUCAAGUAUUCCCCUUUAAAUGUACAAUGUAAGAUUAUAUAAAAACACUGUUCUGUUUUUAUUUGUUUUUUAUCAGAGAAUUAUGAGGGUUGUUGGGUGUAAAUCCUAAAGUACCCAUGGCUGCUUCAAAAUAUACAAAUAUAUUCUGUCCUUUGGCUAAGUACAAAACAAUUACAUAAAAUAACUUUGAUAAAUGGAAACAAUGUAAUAAUGCAUUUUUGGGUACGGUACUUACUACUAAGGGCAGAGAAGGGCAUUCUUUCCAUUGUUUUGUUUACACUGAUUAAACAAACUAGCUUUUACUUAUGUAAACUACUGUGUAUUCUAAGUUUUCACUUUUUUUUUACUUAUUGUCUGUUUACUUUAAAGUGAUACUAA